AGUUGUUGUCAUUAGAGCUAAUCUUAUUUUUUUGAAACAGAAAACAACGCAACCUCAAAACUCUGUGUGUUCGAUUCGCGAACGGAAUAUAGUGGCAUUGUAUAGUUUAGCACAAUUUCCUAAUUAGUGUGAUCUGCAAGAGAGCGAGAGUAUAUUCCGGAGCACCAUCGAUUACGCGCGCUGUGAUAAACACAAAACGUGACGAACUUUGUGGUGAAACAUUGAUAAGAGCUACGUAACUGUCACACGUGUGUAGGAGACGGAGGCGCGCGUCAGAAAUUUGAAGGCGCCAUAAUUUUGUUGGGGAUAAAUUAGUUAAAUUUAUUUUGUUAAUUCCUGUUGGCAAUUUUUAGUUUUGUCGCUAUUUAAUGCAAUUUUAUGCAAAGCUUUUUAAAUUUUGACGCAUUUAGUCGCUGUUAGGUUUUUUUAUUGUGUAGUGAUUCCUUUUCAAGCAAGCAUAUUAUUAUUAUCUAUUGCAACUUUUGCAAUUUGUGGUGGGUUUCUGCAAUUUGGCUGUAAUAGGGCUAAUCAAAAUAGUAGGGCGAUCGAUCGCACUUCUUCUGAGCCAUGCUUUAAAUGUGCCUCGUAAAUUUGCAAUCGGUAAUGGAACAGAGGCCAAUUUCUCCGCCAACGACGGUAUCAAGUGGUGUAAUAGUACAGAGCUGUGCGCAGGUAGAUGAUAGUAGUAGCUUAUUAGGGGGUGGUUCUAGUGCUAGUGUACGUAGUCUUUCCGACAAUAAUCUUAGCUCAACGACCGCAAGUGUCAACAAACCAAAAAUCAUCUCAUCGGCGGCCGGUUCUACGACAGCGACACCGGUGAAGGCAUCGACCGGAGCAUCGACGACAGCAUCGGCGACCACUUCGUGCGUUCCCAGUCCGAUACUGAGCCCUCCGCGGAAGAUCUGGGGUCGCAAUAACAACGGUACAAUGGUGGAAACGUCUACUCCUUCGAACGAAGCUGAACUUCAGCUGUAUAGAGUGCUACAGAGAGCAAGUUUGUUGAGUUACUAUGACACAUUGCUCGAGAUGGGUGGUGACGAUCUGCAACAACUAUGUGAGGCAUGCGAGGAGGAGUUUCUGGAAAUAAUGGCACUAGUUGGGAUGGCAUCAAAACCACUGCAUGUGCGACGAUUGCAGAAAGCACUCCAGGAAUGGGUCACGAAUCCAGCGGCGUUUCAAACCCCUCUCAAUAAUGUGGAACCACCAGCCCGCCUAUCGUACAGCCCUGGGGCAGGAUCGAUAGCCCGCAGCGUUGGGAAUUACUCAGUUGCAUCCACUCCAUCGUCUAGCUUCGUGAGCAAUCCUUCGUCCAGUACAAAUUUUCAGCCCUCCUCACUAGGACAUCUUGCCACUAGUCUAAGCAGCAGCAUUGGCAGCAACGUUAUCAGCCCAAUCGGAUCGAUCGGAUCGACCACAACCAGUUCGCUGCAGCUGAAUCCCAGCCUAACCGAAGAUCAAGUUACGAAAAUAAUCCUAGCAGCGGAACGCCUAUCUCGAACGAUCCCGCGACACCUCGAGCCCCGGCAACAGAAUGUCAAAAAACGUACCACGCGUGAUCUUGAGCAAGUGAUCGCAAUGAACGAAAGCGAUCCGCGCCGCAUGGAGGAAAUUCGGAAGUAUUCCGCUAUCUACGGUCGUUUUGACUGCAAACGGCGUCCGGAGAAGCCUCUGACGCUACACGAACUGUGUGUUAACGAAGCAGCGGCACAGAUAUGUAAAUGUGUUCCAGCUUUGCUCACGCGUCGCGAUGAACUCUUCCCGCUUGCCAGACAGGUCGUCAAAGAGUGUGGGUUUGGUCAUUCUGCCAGUAUUCGUCUCACCGGCUUCUGUCAAUCCCAAUCCGGUCGACACGAAGAGGUGGAUGCUGCCCAGCAGAUGAAGCGAGCACGUCUCUCAAGUGACACCAGUUCCGACCUCGGAAAGGAAAACUCCGACGAUAACAGGGACCUCUCGGCUGGUUCUCUAUACCAGCACAUGGGCGACAAACCAUUCGACAUGACCGAAUCAAGUAAAUUUUCAUUCACUCGAUCCGAAUUUGAUGACACAGAUUCUCGAUUUAGUUUUAGCAAUUCAAGUUCGUCACCAGUUCAAACUGGAAAUGGAAUAGACCGAGAUGCGGCUCACAACGAUUUCCUGGACAACCCGCGCCAUUCGAUGAGAUCCCUGAUACAGCAUGACGGUUCUCUCGGAGUACAGGUUAUAUCAUCAUCCGGUGGACAUAUCAUUGCCGUGGCUAAUCCUGCCCUAGCCCUUAGUCCGGCUCUGAGUGAAACCAUUACGAUCAAGCGAGAAGCCACUUCACCCGACUUAUAACAAACGGGUGGAAGAUUUAGGUGCGAUAAGGACCCCCAGUCAAUUCGCAAAAAAAGAGUAUAGUACAAGUUAACUAAACCUUCAUCCUAAUGAAUGCUCAAAUGAUAGUGAUUUAACAAAGAAAUAUAUGCGAAUAAGUACUAGUCGAACAACUUCGGAAAAGUUAAACUUUCUUUGGGAGUAUGAAAAUAUACAAAUAUAUAAUAUAAAUUUAACGUAAAUUUUCGACAAUGGUGAAUUUCCACAUUGCAGCUUUCAACUUAAAGACUGUUUUGUUUAUCUUUUAUUCUUUUCUGUUCUGUUUGAUAAAUCAUUUCGAGACUUUCGUUUUUAAUAGACUAGCCAAGCUUUUCGUUUAGUAAUUUACCUAAAUUUUGUUGUAGCAGCAUCAAUCGCACAAAGCAAUCGUAAGACUGUACGAAUCCUUCCAAUAAACAUUUCAUUCGAUUUGUUAUACUUUCUAGUUUCAGUUAAUUUUAGAGCAAUUACCGAUGAAAUAUGUAAAUAAAUUAUUGCACAUCUGUCGCUGUGUAUCAUAUAGUAGCUGUAAUACAGUUUCCCCUUU